UUCAGUUUACCAAACUCUAUUAAAUUUAAAAUUUGUGUAAUCGUUUUUAUUUAGAAUAAAUGAGAUUUAAAUAAUUCGAGCGCAAAUUUAAAAAAUGUGGCCAAUUUCAUAAUUUUAAAUUCAAUACAUUAUGCAAAGAGAAAAUGUCAACGUCAUUCACGUUCGUGUAUUUAUCUUCUCGGUAGCAAAAAAUUAGCAGUGGAAAUAAACAGAUGGUUUUUGAUAAAUUCAAAUGUGAAAUCUUGAGUUUUUCAAGUUAUGUUCUUCAAUAUGGAAAAUUUUAAUACGAAAAAUACACAGAAGUAUGAAAGUAGGCAAGAGUAUGUAGAUAAACUAAAACAGUGGUUGGACGAAGCUAGGUUAUGGCAUGGAUUUUGUGCGAGCUUCCCAUAUUACACAAAUUUGCAAAGCCAAACAGAAAAUAAUACUUGGAAUGUAGCAUAUUUAAACCGAAUUGGUCACGGUAAUAGAAGAAAUCCAAAUACUCCAGUAUUUCAGCCUGGUAUACACGAAUUUGUCAUACCGCCACUAUGGAAAAGGAUCGUGGCCGAAUUCUUAGAUUUCCUUAUUCUUCUGUUAAUAAAAAUGGUUGUAACCUUUGUAAUAAUUGAAUGUUUUUAUGUCCUAAGCAUAGAAAACUACAGAUUUGACUCAUUUAAGAAAAAUUUACAAGACCCAAAAAUUGCCAUGCAGAUGUCUGUUGAAAUUUUAACACUAGAACUACUACACCGUUUCAUAGUGUGUUGUUACGAAGUGUAUUGGUUAAAAGGGGGUUCAUGUGCUACUCCAGGCAAAAAAUAUAUGGGUUUAAUGGUAAUUCAAGUUGAGAAUAUUACACCAUUGCCAGGGCAGUCAGACGACGUUGUAAGAGUGAGCCCAUGUUUACCACUUGGUAUGCAAAAAGCUAUUAUUCGGGCUGUAUUAAAAAAUGUAUUUCUUGGUGUAAUGUUGCCCAUGUGUUUUACAUUGUAUGUAUUCAGAUAUAAUCGCACUGGUUAUGACGCAAUGAGUAGUAGUUUAGUUGUAGAAUGUAAUCCCCAAAUUCAGUUUCACAUUCAGUGACCAUAAUACAUAUCAAUACUGGACGCAAA